AAUUUCACGGCCUCAUCGAUUGCUUCCAGCUCCUAGCCUGUGCCUAAGUUCUGAUGAAAAUUGAACUAAUGUAAUUGGAGCAAAAUGAGCGAUUCAAGGAGUAGAAUUACGGAUUACAGAAGCCGUCCCUCUUCCGAACAGCUGGUAGAUUUACACAUUUAUGUGGUGCCCCCUGAUAUCUGGAGAAGGAAGCACAAUGACGUACUCAACACUGAUGUCAACGAAACAAUAUCAGCUGGAUUUAUACGAGUACAUCCAGAGAAUAAAGUGUUUACCCUUAGAGAUGAUAUUGAACAACAGUUAGGUCUUGAUCUCACACCAAAAGACUAUGUUUUUAUGAAAUGUGUUGGACGCAGUUUGACACGGGUCAAACCAAAACAAGAAUACCAGUUAAAGAUCAAAAAUUUUCUUCCUCCCUUGGCGUAUCUACCCGAGGUCUACCUGUUAGAGGUAUCUCCUGGUGAGAGACACCUGUAUGGGCUCAGCAGUGGAGAGGGGUCAUCCAGGGCACAGACCCGUACAUCCGUACAUUUAGGAGAUACGCCCCACCCCCAUGGGUACAGGAACCGCUACUCCGAGGAAGACUUAGACCGCUACAACAGCAGGGAGAGGUUGAAUCUGGAAAAUGAAAAAAUCAGAAAUGGUGGCUAUCAUCCAGACACAGCCAGGUCGCGCCAGGACAGCACAUCUCUCCCUCCCAUCUCUAACCAGCUCCGGUCGCCACCACCUCACAAUCGCACCCGCUCGCCCCCCGACGACUCCCCCACUGGGCGCUCAAACAGGCACCGUAGGGAGACGGAGGAAGGUUCACAACCUCCCCUCAGUGCCAGUCCUCCUCCAUCCCCAGACAAACAUCGCAGUAACCAGUCGAAGAGAGGCUACAACAUUAAGGCUUACCCUGAGGGACACCAGCCAGACCCAAGAAGAACAGACAGUCCAGAUGGGGCGUACAGUGGAAACACCUAUGGUGACAGAGGUCAAAGAACUUAUCGUGCUGCUGAUAGUGAUGCAGAGGGCAAAGCUAGACAGAGGGAGCAGGAAAAUGCCCAGCUGCGAGAAGAGGAGCGACGACAACGGGAGGAUGAGCGUCGGCGCCAGGAGGAGCAACUCAGACAGUGGGAGGAUGAAAGGAGAGAGACACUGAAGCGGCUUGAGGAUGAGAGAAGGGACAGAGAACGAGAUAACCAGCUGGAGAGACAACAGCUCUUGGCUGAUCAGGAGAUGCUAGAUCUCCUUGACAAUGCCAGGAGACAGGAGGAGCAGCAACGACGACGGAGGCAAGAGGAAGAAGAUCUACAGAGACAACGGGAUGAAGAGGAAGAGGAGGCGUACCGCAGGCAUAAACAAGAGGAAGAGGAGGAAUAUCGCAGGCGUGAGGAAGAGCAGGCAGCAUUGCAGAGGCAGCAGGAGGAGGCAGACAGAAGGCGUAUUGAAGAGCAGCGACAACGCCUGCAGAAUGAUGAGCUUCUGAAAGCAGACACAGAUGAGCAGACAGAAGAGGAGUUGUCCAGAUUCCCGUCUCCACCUCCCAUACAUACAACAUCUCCAGACAGAGAACUGUCAGAAGAGGAUAAAGCCAGAAAGAAAGCAGAAAAAGAGCGUUUACAAUCUGAGUUAGAUAAAGCGAGAGAACAGAGGAGAGCUGUAGAGAGACAGAGGGAGGAACUGGUGAAAAGGGCCAAGUUACUGCAAACCAAAACACAGAACCGUAGGAAUCAUGCCAGAGAUGUAUGGAAAAAGCGAUACUUUGAGGAGAAAAAGAAAACAUCACCGUUAGAAGAUCAGUGUAACAGACUACGACAGGAAGUGGAGCAGAUACAUCGUAAACUGAUGUCUACUUUAGAAGGUCCAAAAGAUCAUAAAGGUGGCAAGAUAUCAAAUAACAUACCCUCAGAAAAGAAUAAUUUCAAAAUCCAGGCCACCAAACUGCAACAUGAAAUAGAAGAUUUAAAACGGAGAGCAGAGAAUGCAAAGAUGAAGUUAACUGCAGAAAUGAAAUUGCGAAACCAGGCUGAGACGGAACUUAGGGCAUUGAGAGCGGAGCUGACGCAGAAGAAAAUCAACCUGACUUUAUCUCGUUCUCAACAGAUGGCAACCCUAUCAGCCAGUAAUAAUGAUAUGGCUUAUAUGACCCCCAGACCCAUGGUCUCUCCAAGAUCCUGAGAAACCGCUCACCCUUACUCUAGACCCUCUUUUUGUGCCUACAUGUGUACAUCCCCAGACCCAUGGUCUCCACAGGACCCUGAGAAACCAGCCCCCCUUACUCUAGAUCCUCUUUCUGUGCCUACAUCACCAUCAUAUGACUGAAAAAUUGUUAAGUACGACUUUAAACCCCAAGCACUCACUCACUCUUUCUGUGCCUACAUGUGUAGACCCCCAGAUCUAUGGUCUCCCCAAAAUCCUGAGAAACCAGUUCCCCUUUAUCUAGAGCCCCAUCUAAUGUCCUACUGUACGCCCCCAUUAGGACAUUAUCUAUGUAGUGUUGUCAUAGGUUGAUGUUAUACACAAGCAAAGUCAUAUAAAAUUGAUUUACGAGUUUUCAGCUACUUGGCCUAGGAAGCUAGCUGAUCUUUCCUGUCCUGUUAUGGAGUAGUUUUGACUUUUCCGCACACUGCUUGAUUUUUUUAAAUGUUCAGUUUACAUGCUGUGUGAGCAUCGAGUUACGCAGAUGAUAAUGAAGUGUGACAUACAUCUAUGAGGGUAAAGUCCGACAUACAUGCAUGCAGCUGUCAACUAGUAACUAUUACUUGUAUGUUUUGUUCAGAGCUGAGCAUGUAUGCACUGAUUUCCAUCUUCACUAGACUAAUACACAAGUAGCAUAACUCUGAAUAAACAAAAGUUUCAUAUAGGCUCAAUAUUUGAGAAUUUCAUUUAAUUGUCACUCCUGGUGAUGGCAAAAUAUAAUGUUGAGAUAUUGAGUCUAAAUUUAGCUCUUUUAUAUUUUUUAUUUCAGUAACAUGUAACGCUUAAUAAGUGGAUCUACUGUAUACCAAAACUACAUGCAUAAAAUUGUAUAAAGGGAGAUAACCUCAAUAACCUUUCAGGAGAGCCCUUGAAGUUGAGUAUUUAUUUAUUUGAUUAGUGUUUUACGCCGUUCUCAAGAAUAUUUCACUUAUACAAUGACGGCCAGCAGGAUGGUGGCAGGAAACCGGGCAGAGCCUGGGGAAAACCCACAGCCAUCCACAUACGGUCCUUAAAGUUGAGCCUAACCCUCUUCACUGCAUUAAUUGCAUUUAGUGCUGCCUUUUUAUAGGCCAAAAAGGUUCAGUUGUUACUGUUAUUUGUUUAGAGAUCUGUGAAAGCAAAUUUGCUAUUGCAGAACUUGAUGAUCACCACCUUAGUUGUUACAGUUUGCAUAUACUAACCACUUUUAGAUAUUAUUUGUUGAGAUUUAGAGAUCAUUAUUGACUGCUUUAACAAACUGUUUGUUAGAAUAAUAUCAGUCACAUUAGAAUCUUGUAUUAAGUACCAGUAUUGAAAAGAUAUAAUGAGACUUUUAUAGGACAGAUUCUUUUGUCAUUUGGGGAAUGGUCCCAGCAGUUAAUCAUAUGGCUAAUUCAAAUACAAACUUUUGUGGAAUGUCAGAUAAAAGUGUUGUGCAAGCUGGUACAUGCAGCAAACAAGGAUACUGGUACUAUAUUGGUCAAUGUAUGUUGUCAGGUAAACUUACUCUGUUACUGUUUAUCAUAACAAAAUGCUGUCUUCCUGUCUUAUUUGCUUGUAUGUUCUGCUCAUGUUCUUAUUCUAAACAUUUGUAUUUGUGUAGCUACACCUUCAGUGGGCCAUGACCUGCACUGUGUGAAAAUGUUUAAGCAUAGCUGAAGAUUAUUUCUUGUGUCAAAAUAUUUUCAUUUUUUUAUUUAUUACCAUAUUUAAUAUGCAAUGGUAAAAUUUUUUUGGAACUAUGCAUAUAUUUUAUGUUGUGGCCACUGUUCACAACUGUGGAAUAGA